AUGGUACAGCUGAACCAAGAUCAGGCUGUGCAAAAGGCUCGACACCAUAUCCACACCAUAAGGAAAGAAGCCGGACUGGACGACACCAGUGCAACGAGCCGAAAUGUCGAGAACCUCCAGAAUGCUCUUCACACUCUCGCAGAUGAAUUGUACCAGAAGUCCACCCAUUUCCUCCUCGAGCUCAUACAGAAUGCCGAUGACAACGAGUAUGACGUGGCUGAACCUAGCAUCUCCCUAACAUACCAGAAUCGACGUCUGAGGAUCGACUGUAAUGAGAAAGGCUUCAGUGAGAAGAAUGUUGAGGCCAUCUGCAGAGUGGGCAGCAGUACCAAAGCUGGCGCCAACCGCGCUACCGCCUACGUCGGAGAGAAAGGGAUUGGUUUCAAGUCGGUCUUUAAAGCUGCCGAUGUUGUCUGGAUCUCGUCCAACAGCUACAGCUUUAAAUUCGACAAGAGACAGGUCUUAGGCAUGAUUGCGCCCAUCUGGGAAUCUUUCCCAGAGCCAGCCACGCCUUCCAUAACAUCCAUGAUCUUGCAGUUAUCUCCAGAGUACGACGAGAGCCAGCUGGUCUCGGACUUGAAAGAGUUUGACCCUCGCAUGCUGAUGUUUCUCCGUCGCUUGAAAAGAGUAACAAUCACGAUUCAAGACGGCAACCCAGGCUGGCAGACCACAUUCGGCAAAAGCGUGGGCACGAGCCACGGCGAAACAGCAAUUGAAUUGACUCGAGAUGGGGAAGUCACCAAGUACCUUAUCAGCUCACACAUCGCUCAAAACCUACCAGUUGAACCCAAGCGUCCUGGUGCACACCAGUCUCAGAUCCUACUUGCCUUCCCGGACAUUACAGACCAGACAUUGAUAUCUCAAAAGGUGUAUGCAUUCCUUCCGAUACGAGACUACGGCUUUACGUUCCUCCUUCAGGGAGACUUUCUCCUUUCGGCCAGUCGCGAGGAUGUCUUGUCAGACUCCGCUUGGAACAAGGCUCUUCGGAGUCAGUUUGCCAAGGCAUUUGUUGCUGUCACCAGAGCCUACAGUCACGGCCAGUUGUGUUAUAUCUGGCCCAGGUUCAUUCCUUUCAAAAUGACCCAAUAUCACUUCUUCGAACCAGCCAGGCGGGAAAUCUGUCAAGCACUCUCGCGACAGCCAGUCCUGAAGUCCAGAGCCCAAGAAUUGAUGAUGCCGUCCGCCUUAACAUAUGUCCCUGUGGACUUUUGCGACAGACAAGGGGUUCCAAUGACUUCAUCCCCGAGGAACGAUCGGAUAUAUCUGUGCCAACACUAUGACGAAUCCCUUCACGAUAACCUGGAAGCACUGGGCGUUACAAAGAUGACCGCAGCCAUAUUUUUGAAACAUCUAGAUGUGUACAUCAAACAAAACACAGAAUUGUUUCAGACGACCGAAACCGUCGAUUGGCAUACACGACUCGCCGAAAUCCUGUUGAAGCUCUCUUUCGAUACUGAACAUCACGAGCAGCUUCGUAAGCUAGCGAUCAUUCCUCUCAAUGACGGACGAUGGGUGUCCGCCGAGGAAAAGUCCAUCUUCCUUCCUCAAGAAGCCGAAAAUUGCAUGGCGCCUGAGGGUCUCGCAUUUCGACUGGUCCGCGAAGAUGCUGCCAACAACUCCACAGCUAGAUCACUAUAUCUUCAGCUCGGACUCAAGGUCUUUGGUCAAGAUGCCAUCGCCGAUUUUAUCCUUCAUGUGCAUACCCAGCCUUCAUUCAACGCAAAAAAUAUGUCCCUUGAGCAUCUGUUAUCUCAAGCAGUGUUCCUCUACCGCGCCAGGGUGCAUGACUAUGAAGUCAGAUAUCUUUGGUUUGCCACAACGGAUGGGUCUGGCCGCUGCCGUGCGGAAAGCGCAUAUCUGCCGUGGGCGGCUCCGUUUGCUGCGAGCCAGUACUUCGCAGGUCGGAACGAUAUCGGAUUUAUACAUCCACGCUAUUUGGACGCUGUAAAGGACGAUCAAGCGAGCUGGCUGGAGUGGUUGGAGAACGCUGCCAAAAUCUCCAUUCUGCCACGUCUCACACAGGCUGACGGACAAUCGCCACACUCCUUUGGACUAUCUCGCCACUUUGCCUUGAUCAUGCAGGAUUUGAAGUCCAAGGAUUUUCUGGUCCUCUUGAGAGACAACUGGGGUUACUAUUCGCGGUGGCUCGAAGACGACGCGGGCGGUCCCCGAGAUGAUUCAAGAAAGGAAAGACAAGUAUGUCGAGAACGAGUCAGAAAAUCGCUGCAAGAAGCACAAGUGCAGUGCCUGGGAGGUGGGAAGAAACCUCUGCGGGAGGUCUUCCUACCCAUCUCAGAACUUGUUCAGCAAGCCAACGGUCAGGUGCCAUUCGUUGAUGUCGAUGAUCCUCUCGACCCACGUUGGCAGAGACUCAAGAUCCUGGGCCUUGGUGUCGAGGGUGACGUUUGUUUCUAUCUCCGAUGCCUCGAAACAUUGAGUGGUGACAAAGAUGCAGCCGUCAUCGACCGUGCUGCCCUGCUGCUUGAACAAAUCCAAGCCCGAUGCUCAGAACUGCCUGACGUUGUGAGGCAAUCGUUCGACCAGAAGCCGCUUGUCUGCAUUCCGAAUAAAAGAGUUGAAGGAGAACCCCGUUGGGUGAAGGUGCAAGAUUGCUUGUGGAGUGGCCCCGAAUGCCUUCGACGAUUUGUUGCUCUGAAGAACGUAUACCCAUCUUGCCAGCGGCUGUUCCGUGAUUUCUUCCUGCUUCCCGACGCUGGCAUUGCGGACCUGGUACGUGAGACCAAGUUGCUCACUGUCGGCGACCCUCUCUCUUACAUCAAAGCCCUGUUUCUUGAAAUUGAGAAGCAUCUAGAGAAGGACGAGGUGACGACAUCUAUCGACUCACUUCAGACACAUUGCAUAUGGCCAGUCUAUAAGUCAAGCAACGAGGACCAGUGGGAUAUGCUUGGAUGCGCCAACAGGCCGGACGUGUGGUUCAUUGCUGACAGAUCACAUUUGCUGGAGAGUUUCUAUGGAAUCGUGCCCUUGCUCGCUUUCCAAGUCGAGGAUAUACUCAAAAUACCACUCCUGAUUCGCAAACUGGGUGGGGACAAACGGCGACUGACACGAGCGGUCACGAGCAUUGCAGAGACUGUUGGACUGUUGCGACCCGAUCCGGUUCGGCAGGAUGACCUGCGGUCCAGAGCCGAGUUCAUAGCCAGACUCAUCCCAAAAAAAGAACACGGCAAGAGGGACAAGGUGGCUAAGCUCAAGUCACUACAAGCAUUCUCUACCACACGGGUCAUUCAAAAGUGGUCCGUGAAGGUUGUCUCGGAAAGCAGAUCGGGGCGUUCUAAGGAUGGUAACGUUGUCCUGUCCACUGAGCAUAACCGUCUCGAAAUCUACAUGAAAAAUGGGUACUUCGAAUCGACCAGGAUUCCCAGGGAUCUGAUCGAAGCGGUCGCUAGCUUCUGCGGUAUCGAAGAUAAAGGCUUAUUUCUCCUCACUGUUGCUUUGCAAGACGACAUUCAGAAUACACAGAAAUGCUUCCAAGAGCAUGGUGUUCCAGCACUCAACCUUGAUGAUGACGACACAGCGGAGUUUGAAGAUAUUGACGACUUCGACCCGCGAAGAUCUCAGGGUUGGGGCGCAGGUACAAGUAGUGCAACACACAAAAAUGGUCGAAAGAGCUUGCUCAAUGGAGAACUGGUGCGUAUGUUCACCUUUGCCAAUAUCUUUGCAAUCGAUACUGGCCCUGGGGGCGCCUACUCAGGCAAUGGCCCCAGCGAUAUCGACACUUUGUUGAUAGACGGCGGAUCCGGGGGCCUCAGCGCCGGCGAGUUAUAUCUGGAAGACUACGAGGAUGAUGAGGGUGAUACCAAAUCCAUCACAUCGCGCGCCUCAUCGACAUUUUCCGGUUCUACGCUGGGUGGCAGUAGGAUGAGACUUUUUGCAGCUGUCCCCGCGAGAUUGCUGCGGCGGAGCUCUGGGUUCUCUGAUAAUCUGCGUCGAGAAGCUGAUGACAAUCUAGAGUUUCUUGGUCAGAAGAAGGUGUCGGAAGAACUCCGACGGAUGCUUAACGACGCCUACAAACCAGACGUUCACUGGACGAGCAGUCUGAGGACAAGAAAUGGACACAAAGCUUUCAUCCGGGAACAAAACAGUGAUGGAAAGUCCAAGAUAUAUGCCAGCUUCACGUUAGCCGACACCAGUGGAACGUUCAGUCGCUAUGUCGCAGAGUGUUAUCCAGAGGCCAGGAGAUGGAUCAAGCGUCCACCUGUGUAUCAUCUUGACGUAAAAACUACCCAGGGUGACUUGGCCUCUGAGUUCUCCUACAGUAAUGCCCAGUGGAAGAUGGCUCGCACAUAUACCAUCCCCGAUUCGAUGGAUACCAGCAUUCCAACAGAUGUGUAUUUCCUAGUACGUGUCUUCAAUGCAGAAAAGGAGCCGGAAGUACAGUUCCUGCUCGACCCUUGGUCACUCCAUCUUCAAGACAACCUGCGAUUGAGGGCGGAAAAGGAGUAUCGUGCAAACGUUCAUGGACUUAAGGUGUGA